GGCCUGGCCAAACAUAGCCCACUAUGACUCCAUAGGCUUCCAACCUGUCUUGGGCAUUUUCAACACCAUUGUCGCCAGUCUUUUUCUUGCUAAGCAUCCAUCACUAGCUCUACGUCUGCGCUAAACUUCUCGAAAUACAGAAGGUCCCACAGACCUGAUUCUGCUUCGUCAACACACACUUGUUAACGCAACCGUCCCACCUGCUGUCCUCGCUUCGGAGUUCUACCCCUCCUUUGACCUUCUACUUGCGCUUCAUCGCAUCUGUCCCGACGCACCACCACCUAAACACUCACCAUGGCUCUCCCCAAGAGAAUUCAAAAAGAGACCGAGCGCCUCAUGGCGGAGCCUGUCCCAGGCAUCAGCGCCAUUCCCCACGAAGACAACCUACGGUAUUUUGACGUCGAGAUCCAUGGUCCUUCGUCUUCUCCAUAUGAGGGCGGCGUCUUCAAGCUUGAGCUCUUUCUCCCGGACGACUACCCCAUGACACCCCCCAAGAUUCGCUUCCUUACCAAGAUCUUCCACCCCAACGUUGACAAGCUCGGCCGUAUCUGCCUUGAUGUGCUGAAGAACAAUUGGUCACCUGCUCUGCAAAUCCGAACAAUUCUCCUUUCGAUUCAAGCCCUCCUCGGUGCCCCGAACCCCGACGAUCCGCUUGCUGCUGAUGUUGCCAAGAGCUGGAAAGAGGACGAGAAAGCAGCUAUUGCGACGGCGAAGCAGUGGACUCAGCAAUACGCCGUCCCGAAAUAG